CUGAAGGUAACAGCGCCGUAUUUCUGUCUUUAAAAAAAUUAUUCAUCUUAUUUCUUAAGCCUCACAUGUAACUUAAGACAGUCACAGUGUGUCAUAGGCCUACUGCUGGAACAAAAAACGUAAAAUUUAAAACAUGGAAACUCAAGACCCUGCUGUUGUUGAGGCAGUAAAGGCAUCAGGCGAGUCCACCCUGGAAAAGGCUACAGCAAAAGCUAAAGAAACAUUCGACCAGUUGUUAAAUGUCUCACUUAACAUCGCCGUGACUGGAAAGACAGGAUCUGGGAAAUCCUCCUUUGUAAAUGCCCUUAGAGGUGUAAGUGAAGAUGAUGAUGGAGCAGCACCUACUGGAGUUACAGAAACUACAAUGAAGGCCACCAUGUAUGAACAUCCUAUGCCAAAUGUGAAGAUCUGGGACCUGCCUGGAAUAGGAACACCAAACUUCAAAGCAGAUAAAUACCUUAAAGAUGUCAAACUUGACACCUAUGAUUUCUUCAUUAUCCUUAGCUCAGAAAGGUUCAUGCAGAAUGACAUCAUGCUGGCUAAAGAAAUAAGAAAACAGAAGAAAAACUUUUACUUUGUUCGUUCCAAGAUUGACAAUGACAUCAGAGCAGAGGAAAAGAAAAAGGGAUUUGAUGAGCAGAAAGUUCUUGCCAUUAUAAGAGAGGACUGUCAAAAAAACUUGAAAGAAUUGGGAGACCCCAAAGUUUUCUUGAUAUCGUCUUUUGACUUGGAGAAAUAUGAUUUUGAAAUACUUCAAAACACUCUCGAAGAAGAGCUUCCAGACCAUAAGAGAUCUGCUCUUCUACAAGCCUGGCCAGUGUGCUCCGCAGCAUCUCUUGAGAAGAAGAUCAAAUUCUUCGAGGGCAUGAUCUGGGCUGCAUCUCUUGCCUCUGCUGGAAUAGCAGUGGUCCCUGUGCCUGGUCUGUCAGUAGCAUGUGAUGCAGGCAUGGUGUUGCUUUUCCUCACAAGGUGCUACUAUGCAUUUGGUUUGGAUGAUGGAUCACUGUCAAGGCUUUCGGAAAAACUGAACAAGCCCUUGCUGGAACAUCUGACCAAAUCAAAGUUAGCAACUGCCAUCCGUGAAAAAACAAUGGCCAGGAUUCAAGUCUCUGUUUCACUUGCAACACUUGCUACCGUUGAAUAUGUUGCAAGCCUCCUUCCAGUUGUGGGCAGUGCUGCUGCUGCAGGAAUAUCAUUCGCUACUACUUAUUACAUCUUGAGAGAAGGUUUAAAAGAACUAGCAAAUAUUGCACGAGAAAUCAGAAAAGAGGCAGAGCUGGACACUAUGCAGUAACUCGCAGAUGUCCUGGACGUGUUUUCAUUUCAUGUAUAUGGUUUAUAUUGAUUUUAUUAAUUUAAUUUGAGGCAUGUAAACAUUUUCUGCCUUUGUUAUGGAGUUAAUGGCCACAUAAUGUUUGAUUGUUUGCUGAUUAGAAAAGAGAUUACAGUACCCCUAUGUCUUCACUAUAUGCAUAUGGAUGAUUUCAUAAGUCAUUAAUACUGUCAGGGGAAACGUUGUUCAAAAAAAGUUGUUUAUUCAAUUUCAUGUUUAAUUUGUAGGCCUGUUAUUAAAUAGCUUACAAUUUGUGGUAAUUUUCUCUGAAACCUGGACACAUUUUCAGUCUUACAUAAUGUAUUUGUUCUAUCAAAUCUCAUUCAAUAAAAAAUAUAUACCUUUCUGUGAGAAA